UAAGGACAAUGGAAGCCGAUGACGGUCAAGACAUAUCCCAAAUUUCAGGGAAGGAAAGCCCUCCCGUAAGUGACACUCCCGAUGAUGGGGACGAGCCUAUGCCUGCCCCUGAAGACCUGUCCACCACUUCAGGAGCACAGCAGAAUGCAAAGAACGAGAGAGGCAUGGCCAGUAAUGUUAAAGUAGAGACUCAGAGUGAUGAAGAGAAUGGGCGUGCCUGUGAAAUGAAUGGGGAAGAAUGUGCGGAGGAUUUACGAAUGCUUGAGGCCUCAGGAGAGAAAACAAAUGGCUCCCACAGUGACCAAGGCAGCAAGGCUUUGUCAGGAGUUGGAGGCAUUCGACUUCCUAAUGGAAAACUAAAGUGUGAUAUCUGUGGGAUCAUUUGCAUCGGUCCCAAUGUGCUCAUGGUUCACAAGAGGAGCCACACUGGGGAACGCCCUUUCCAGUGUAAUCAGUGUGGUGCUUCCUUCACACAGAAGGGCAACCUCCUUCGCCACAUCAAGUUACAUUCUGGGGAGAAGCCUUUCAAGUGCCAUCUCUGCAACUAUGCAUGUCGCCGGAGGGAUGCCCUCACGGGCCACCUGAGGACACACUCCGUUGGCAAACCUCACAAAUGUGGAUAUUGUGGCCGAAGCUAUAAACAGCGAAGCUCUUUAGAGGAACAUAAAGAGCGCUGCCACAACUACUUGCAAAGCAUGGGCCUUCCUGGCACGCUGUACCCAGUCAUUAAAGAAGAAACUAAUCACAGUGAAAUGGCAGAAGACCUCUGCAAGAUAGGAUCAGAGAGAUCGCUCGUGCUGGACAGACUAGCAAGUAACGUCGCCAAACGUAAGAGCUCUAUGCCUCAGAAAUUUGUUGGAGAGAAGUGCCUGUCCGAGAUACCUUAUGACAGCAGCGCCAACUAUGAGAAGGAGAACGAGAUGAUGUCCUCGCACGUGAUGGACCAGGCCAUCAACAAUGCCAUCAGUUACCUAGGGGCCGAGUCUCUACGCCCCCUGGUGCAGACGCCCCCAGGCAGCUCCGAGGUGGUCCCGGUAAUCAGCUCCAUGUACCAGCUCCACAAGCCCCUCGGGGAUGGGCCUGCGCGUACCAACCACACAGCGCAGGACAGUGCCGUAGAGAACCUGCUGCUGCUCUCCAAGGCCAAGUCUGUCUCCUCAGAGCGAGAUGCCUCACCCAGCAACAGCUGUCAAGACUCCACCGACACCGAGAGCAACACGGAGGAGCAGCGCAGUGGAGGCCUCAUCUACCUAACCAACCACAUCACAGCCCACGCUCGCAAUGGGCUGUCAGUCAAGGAGGAGCAGCGCGCCUUUGAUGUGCUGCGCGCUGCCGCAGAGAGUGCGCACGAUGCUUUCCGUGUGCUCAGCGCCAGUGGCGAACAGCUCAAGGUGUACAAGUGUGAACACUGCAGGGUGCUCUUCCUGGACCACGUCAUGUACACCAUCCACAUGGGCUGCCAUGGCUUCCGCGACCCCUUCGAGUGCAACAUGUGUGGCUACCACAGCCAGGACAGGUACGAGUUCUCAUCCCACAUCACUCGCGGGGAGCACCGCUACCACAUGAGCUGA